UUUUCCCUCCUCUUUUUUGUCCAAUGAAAGCGAAAAUCACCAUUUCAGAACAAACAGAAGCCACUGAUACUCUUCUUUAUGAGCUUGCAAGACAUAUUAGCAGUAGUAAAAGAGUCCUUGUUAUUACAGGUGCUGGUAUUUCCUGUAGUAGUGGUAUUCCUGACUUUCGAUCAUCCAAUGGACUUUACGAUCUCAUCAAGAAAAAAUACCCGAAUACAGUACUAAGAGGCCAAGACUUGUUUAAUGCACAUUUAUUUAGAGAUCAACAUCAGACGAAAUGCUUUUAUACCUUCAUGGCAGAACUCAAAUCAGUCGUGUCAGCAGCUGAGCCAACACCCACGCAUCUAUUUAUUCGAACCUUACAGGAAAACGGUCAACUCAUGCGAUACUAUACACAAAAUAUUGACUGUCUAGAAGACGCAUUAAAACUAUCAGUCGUGCGACUCCAUGGAACUAUCAACAGAGUCAAAUGUACACUUUGUACAGCCUCUUUUGAUUUCACAAGUGACUAUCAAGAGUCCUUUCGAAAUGGAUUACCACCCAGUUGUCCACAAUGUGUGCUGUUUGAUCAUGAGCGUAGUAAACGAGGAAAGCGUUCACUGUCCACAGGUAUCUUGAGACCUAAUAUUGUAUUGUACAACGAAGCACAUCCAGAAGGUGACAUGAUUGGUAAACUACAGCGCAUGGAUCUAAAAAGAAAGCCAGACUUAAUGAUCAUUAUGGGGACAUCAUUGAAAAUACCUGCUUUAAGGAAAUUUAUUAAAGAAGCAGCCAAAUUGAUCCAUCAUUCUUCUAAAAAGGGCAAAGUAGUAUUUAUCAAUAAGACAGCACCUACAAAAGAAUGGGAUGCUGUAUUUGAUUAUGAAAUCUUGGGCGAUACAGAUGACUGGGUUAAUUUGACUCAAGACAAACUAAAUUGCAUAAGAGAAUGUAGGCAUAAACCACAUUUCUUGGAUAAUGCAAAAGUAGUGAUAAAGAAACGGUUUAAAAAAGGAAGCCAUAGUCGUGACUUGAAAUAAAUCAUUAUUAUUUAUUAUCCGCCUCUUCAUUUCAAACAUCGCAGUGGAG